CAAAAAUGAAACAGAUGUCUAAAUUCUCUAAAAUCUUUGAUAAAGAAGAUGACGAUAUUAACAACCCGCUAAAUUUUGUGAAAGAUGAGGAUAUUUAAGGAAGUGGAGGAAUUCGGAGAAGUGGUUUUUGAAGGACCUCUGAUCAAGAAGAAGAAGAAAAAGGAAGAAUUUCAAAAGGUUUUUCACUAUCUUUUGACAAAGAAAGGAAUGAUGGUCCAGCUAAAAAAUAAAGAUGCAACUCACUAUAAAGGUGUAAUGGAUAUUAAGAACUGUCGGAUUAACAAAGGAAAGUUUAAGAAUCAGAAAGGAGAGUACUUUUAUGGGAUCAAUAUUAUUGGGAGAAAAGAAAAUCAGGAUUUUUAUAGUCUUAACCAAGAGGACAUCGAUCAGUGGUAUGAUAACCUGACCAAAUUUUGUGUACUUCUGGAUUUGAAUGAGAAGUAUAAGAGACUCGAUAAAAUUGGUAAGGGAAACUUUGCCAUUGUUUACAAGUACGAGCGUAAAAGUGACAACAAGCUUUUUGCGGUGAAAUCUCUUGACAAGAAGAAAAUUCUUGAAUCGAAAAGAGGUAGUAAAGACAACCCUUUAUUAAAUGAAAUUGAGAUCAUGAGAGCUUGUGACCAUCCUAAUGUGAUUAAAUUAUAUGAAGUCUAUGAAGCGGAUAAACAUGUUCAUCUCGUGAUAGAACUUCUUGAAGGAGGAGAAUUACUCGAUAGGAUAAGAAAUAAGCGUACUUAUGCAGAAGCAGACGCGAUUACUAUUAUGAAAAAUAUUUUAGAAUGUUUGGGUUACUUACAUGAGAAAGGAAUCGUUCAUAGAGAUUUAAAACCUGAGAAUUUAAUCCUAGCUAGCCCUGAUGAUGACAAUGACGUUAAAAUUGCAGAUUUUGGACUAGCCUCUUUUAUUCCAGAAAAUGAGAAGCUUAGUCUAGCAUGUGGUUCACCAGGUUAUGUUUCACCUGAAGUGUUGCAAAGCCCUCCACCAGGUUAUGAUUGAAAAGCGGAUAUCUUCUCUGUAGGGGUUAUUUUGUAUAUCCUUCUGACAGGAAGACAAGCCUUUCCAGGUACAGAUGGUAGGAAGAUCUUGGAGAAAAAUAGAAAGGGUGACAUUAAUUAUCCUCAAAGAUUCUGGAAUAAGAUUUCAGAAGCUGGGCUUGACUUGGUAAAAUCGAUGUUAGAAAAAGACCCAGAUUUAAGAUUCUCAGCUCAGCAAUGACUUGAGCAUGAAUGGUUCGGAGCUGAAGGAUGUAAUGAAGCUUUAGGAGAUGCACUUGAUGGAAUGAACGAUAUUCAAGAACAGGAAAUUCCACCUAAAACAAAAGAAGAUACUUCCGAGGCAGAUCUUCAAACUACAACUCCUUUAUUCCGGAAAAGAAAAAUAGAAGGAACUUGUCCAAGUCCUUAUAAUCCUUCUGGGAUGACUCCAAAGAUGAAUCCUGCAACUCCACUGCUAAAGAAUGGGUUUGAUGGAGUUCAGAAUCGAAUGGACAUGAAUAAAUUCCUUGGAGCUAAAAAUCCAAAACACGAAGAAGAGAAGAAGGAGCUUCCAAAACAACAAAUGAAUCCGUUUGAAAAAUUUGAAAUGAUGCAGAAUAAUAGAAAAGACAAGAAGCAUCAGAAUACAAUGAACUUUGGUAGAGGCUUUAUCAAUUCUAGUGGCCUUAAACAUGAAGAGCCAAUAGGACAGGAUCAGAAUAAAGGUGUAUUGAAAGCAGACCAAGUCAUAAACUAUAAAGGAGCUAGUGAGUUUGCUAAUCCUAGAAAAAUCCAAGAUGGAAUGGAAGGCAAUUUUGAAAGCAAACAAGCUUUGAAAGAUAUUCACAUGACUCCUAAGACUAACCUAAAAGUCUUACCGGUGAAAUUAGAAGUUUCAGAUUCAAUUGUAAACAUUAAGGAUGAUUUACUUAAUGAGUGACCUAGUAAAGAAGUUAUAUCAAAAGAUAUGGGGGUCAGAUUUCAAAGCUUUAACCCAGGAAUGGCAGCAGAAAGAAGGAUUAUUCCUGUUGCUCCUGGAGACAAAUUGAAAAGUGUAAGCACCAAGAAUAAACCCAUGAUUAUCAAAAACAAUCUGAUGAAUGCCAUUUAAUAUAUUGAAUUUACUAUAUUUGAA